AUGGAGGCCUUUGAUUUUGAUAACGUCACGCCGGAGAAAUCAAGCGUCAUUUUAAGCUGUACUCACCUUAGAAGUAUUGCCAAAUUGUUCCGAAUUGUUGAGGUUUUCUUCGUACUAAUCUUACUCUCAUGGACAUCUACUCGCUUGCCGUUCGCCGUCAAAAUCUCCGGCGAGUAUUGCCGGCAUCUAGUGACUAUCGUCAUUAGUCCUCUUUUCAUUUUUCUUCUCGGCAACCUAAUCGUCUUGACUCUGCUCUUCAAAGCCGGCCGCAUCCUCUCGGGCGGCCAAUCUCCGGCUGACAUUAACUCCGAAAUGGAAACUGAAACUGAUCUGUACGAAGCAUUCGUCAAAACUAGCGAUAGCUGCAUGAACGUUACGAAUCUAACUUCCUCUCCCGAUGAGAUUGAAUACCAAGAUAAACAGACUAUAUUUGAAGUGAGCAGAGCCGCCAAAAUUGGAAAAGCCGAUGGGUCGGAAGUUUCAGAAGUGUUUUCCGAUAAACCUUCGGAAAUGAAGGCGUAUUCUAGAAGCCAAUCGGAGAACUUCGACUCGAAGAGAGAGCUUCUGGAAGAGGAAGAGGAUAAUUGCGUAAAGCUCAGGCGUUCGGAGACUGAGAAGUGCAGGAAGGUUGCGAAUCCCGGCGAGAUUCCCGGAGAAACAGUGUAUGUAUUUGAUGAAUUGAGCAAUGAGGAGUUUCAACAGACGAUUGAGGCCUUUAUUGCUAAGCAAAUUAACUUCCAUCGCGAAGAAAAGCUGGCUAUUGUACUCCCUAACCAUAGUUGA